AUGCUGGCUCCAACAUCAAGUGGCUUGAUGACAGUUCCCACUCGCCAACAAUUUUACAGCUCUCGAGAGGCACAUGGGUCCAGCAGCCCGGGAAUGCAUGACAUAGGCGGACUCGGCAGUGGUAUUGAGCUGCAGAAUCCCACCUCUGCUAUCUCCUAUCCCGCCUACGACUCAUCUGCAGCCCAUCUGUGUCUCCAACUGCUUUGCCAACCAUGCUACCAGAAGUUCAAAACAAGAGCUACAACCAUGGCUGACAAGUUCCCCGAAUUAGAAGGCGUUGACAGCACCGAUGUGGGCAACAGCGGAGACUUUUUGAAGCGCGAAAAGGAACUUCUUGGCAACGAAUUCGCAACGGAGCAGGACAAGAUCGCAGAGGAUGACGACGAUUUCGAAGAGUUCAAGAGCCAGUUCCCUGAGGUGUCAACAAAUGCCAAUGACGUUGCCCCUGUGGCAGAGAGUGAAGAAGAACCAAAAGAGGCCAUCUUUGAGGAGCCAGUGACCAACAAGUUUGCAAAUCUGAACUUGGAAGAGAGCAUCCACAUCCAAGAGUGGCGAAAGGCCAGAGAGCUGGAGAUCGCCAAGAGAGAUGAACUGGCCGCAAAGAAACUGGAGGAGAUCAAGAAGGAGGCCGAAAAGGCCAUUGACGAUUUCUACGAGAACUACAACAACAAAAAGGAGGAAGCCGUGGAGGCCACCCGCAGAGAGGAGGUCGAAUUUUUGGAGAAGAGGGACAGUUUUCUUGAGCGGGGAACGGUUUGGGACCGUGUGGUGGAGCUUCUGAGCCUGACCAAGAAUUCGAACGCCUCGGAUCUCGCGGGCUACAGAGACAAGUCCAAGUUCAGAGACUUACUCAUGUCGUUGAAAGGCAAGGAGGACGUUCCAGGGGCGGCCGGAUAUUAG